AUGUUAAGUAGGUGGAAAAGUAAAGACAAGUCAGAGAAAUCUGGCAAGUCUUCAGGUUCGAGUAGUAAGAAGAAAAGAAAAGGUCGCGACAAUGAAGAGGACUGGCAAAGCGAUCCUAGACUUGACGGUGGUCAGUCUGACACAGAGGCUGGACGGGGGCCGCCGCGGGGUCGGCCCUCCCGACGAGAUGAUCCCCGACGACACACACUUGCUGGCAACCAUUUGUAUACACAGCAAAGCGCGAUCACUGGACUCGAUGAGGAGAGAUAUCGUGUUGCGAACGUGAACAUUCCAGAAUACGCUGUUCCUGAUAAAAAUCGCAUUAUGAAGCCUUAUCCACAAAUAUAUCCUAGAAUGAAAAAGCCGCCGCUACCUCGGUAUCUGCCGGCUCCCAGCAACAUGUUGUUUGAGGACGACCCGGGCGUAAUGUCGGAGGUCGAAACCUCAUCCACUGGAUUUAGACGCGGAGGGAAACAACGGUCUUCACUACCCGUUGUUCGUACCCCUAGCAAAACACUGGAGCGCCCCCUGGGUUUGGUUUUUCUACAAUAUCGUAGUGAAACCAAACGGGCGCUCCUACCAAACGAAGUCACCUCUAUCGAUACUGUAAAAGCACUAUUUGUAAGAAGUUUUCAAAAACAAUUAACCAUGCAAUACAUGGAUAGCGAUCAUGUGAAGAUAUACAUACAUGAUACAUCUAAAGAUAUGUUCUACGAACUGGAAGACGACAGGGCACAUCUACGGGAUAUUCGUGAUCGCUCUGUACUACGACUAUUUGAGGCAACAGACAUGGGUGGAGGAGUCUUCCCCGGUGCAGUCGGGGCUGGCUCCUUGGCCAUGCCUUCAACUUCGUCCUGGGAUCAGGACCAGAACUACUUCAGCGAACCUGAAAUCGACUCGGACUACCAUCACCAACAUGUCCAUAACAAGAGCAAAAUAAAGUAG